AUGAGUCGUCGAGAUUUAUCAAAACUGCCCACUACUGGAAAAUACAAUGUACCAAGACCGGGAGAAAAACGACCGGGAGCACGACUUGCUGGAGGUGAUUUAAUGAAGAAUAGUAGUACCCAUGCAAAUAAUCAACAAUUAUUUAUGGGUGGAACAGCAAAAACUGUUGAUAGUCUUGAUCUUGAAAAUUUUUUACAACCAAAAGAAGUUCAUAUUGGUUCUGAGAUAAAAGAUCAAAGAUCAUCUCAACCACAACAAGCAUCAAAUAAACGAAAUCUUUUUCGAGAUAAUAGUUCUAAUGAUCGUCAAGCAGAUUGGCUUGAAAGAUCAAUAACACAAAUUGAUCUAUUCAGUCGACGACAUCGUGGAAUGGUUGAAAAUGAACAAGCUGAUGAAUAUCUUCCAAGUGGAACUUCCAAAACUGAAAAUGAAAAUGAUGAAGAACAAUUUUCAAUACCUGAAUUACCUAAUGGAGAACAAUUAGUUUUAAAUUUAAAAACAACAUGGGGCGAUCGUCAUUAUAUUGGUUUAAAUGGUAUUGAAAUAUUUUCUGCUGAAGGUUAUCCAAUACCAAUUAAAAAAAUUACAGCAGAUCCACCCGAUAUAAAUAUUCUACCUGAAUAUGGUAAUGAUCCACGUGUAGUAAAAAAUUUAAUUGAUGGAGUAAAUAAAACUCGAGAUGAUAUUCAUAUGUGGCUUGCACCAUUUACAACUGGUAAAAAUCAUUUUGUUUAUAUUACAUUUGAACAUCCAACUAGAAUUGCAAUGAUUAGAAUAUGGAAUUAUAAUAAAAAUCGUAUUCAUUCAGCACGUGGUGCAAAAGAUGUAGAAAUUUCACUUAAUGGUCGUAUAAUAUUCAAAGGAGAAAUUACUCAAGCUUGUGGAAAUAUAACUGCUACAAAUGAUCUAUCAGGUUAUGGAGAAACUAUUUUAUUUACUACUGACGAUCGAAUUCUUGAAAAAAUAUCAACUAACGACGAAAUGUAUGUUGAUCAAGAAACUGUUCAAGAUGAUGAUGAGAAUGUGAAAAUAGGUACUAAUCAAUCAAUAAUGGACGGAACUGAUGUUCGACCAAUGACACGUGCUACAUUACGACGACCUUUUACAGCUAUUCGUUCAUCAGGUUCAAAUCAAGUAGCAGAAUUUUAUGGAAGAAAAUUAAUUUUAACUGUAACAGAAACAUGGGGUUAUGAUGAUUAUUGUGGUUUAACAGGUAUUGAAGUAGUAGAUGUUAAUGAUGCUGAUUGUGUUAUUCAAUCAUUUGAUGCUCGUCCUCGUGAUAUAACUCUAAUUCCAGAAUAUGCUAAUGAUGUUCAAACACUUGAUAAAUUAUUCGAUGGUGAAAAUGUUACUUGUGAUGAAAAUCAUAUGUGGUUAUGUCCAUUUAAUAAAAAAGAUAGAGUACGUAUUAUAAUAACAUUAAGUGUAUCAAAAAAAUUACAUGGUUUACGUAUAUGGAAUUAUAAUAGAUCAUCAGAUGAAACUUAUCGAGGAAUUAAACGACUUCAUGUACAAUUAAAUGAUAAAAUUAUUUCACCAAGACAAGGUUUUUUAUUAAGACGUGCACCUGGUCAUUGUUAUUUUGAUUUUGUACAAGAAAUUGUUUUUGCUUAUGGAAGAACAAUGAUGGAAGAAGAACAUAAACGACAACAAAACAAACAAAUAUCAACUUCUAAUCGUGAUGGUGUUUCAGAUAUAUCAAUGCCAAAUGGAUUUAUUUAUGAAUUUCAACUUCAUUCAACACAUGGUGAUACUUAUUAUAUUGGAUUGAAUGGUUUAGAAUUUUAUGAUGAAAAUGGUGAACAAAUUGGUUUAGCUGAACAAAAUAUUGCUGCUUGUCCACAGAGUGUAAAUACACUUAAUCUAGGUACGGAUGAUGAUGUUCGUACACCAGAUAAAUUAAUUGAUGGUGAAAAUAAUGAUAUUGAUGGUACACAUUCAUGGAUUGCACCUAUUUUACCAUAUGUGAUCAAUCGAGUUUUUGUUAUAUUCGAUCGACCAACAUCUGUAUCAAUGAUAAAAAUAUGGAAUUAUACUAAAACACCUAAUCGUGGUGUAAGAGAAUUUUCUUUACUUGUUGAUGAUUUACUUGUUUGGACGGGUAUAUUAGAUAAAAUGAAUGAAAAUGAUGGUGAUAAACGUAAACAAAAAGUACCAUUUAAUACAAUUCUAUUUUCUGAUGAAACAAUUCUUACUGAUCAUGAAAAACAAACAGUUUUAGAAAAUAAAAGUUCAUCUGAUACUAUGACCGGUCAAAUAUCAAGUCAAAAUCAAUCUGUUGAUUACUCCAAACGACCAACGACAUCAGUUCCACGAAUGCAGAAAAAACGCUAA